CCCUCUGCCCUCAAUAUAAUUAAUAACCCUUAACCCUGUUUAAUACACUGAUACCCUCAUAAAAUCAAAAGGAAGAACAAAGAGAUAAAAGGAAACACCGAAACAGAUUAUAUCAUCAGCUCUCUCUCUCUCUCUCUCUCAGAGUCAUUUUUCACAAACACUAAGGCGGCUCACAAAAGUUAUAGUACAUAGAAGAAGAAGAAGAAGAAGGGGAAGCAAAUUCAAGAAAAAAAAAAAAAAAGCGAAAGAAAAUGUGCUCUGGAGACGGUGAGUGCAGGCCACUGGGCUUUCUACUGGGCCUUCCCUUUGCGUUUCUCUCCCUCAUCAUCUCCAUCAUCGGCCUCGUCAUCUGGAUCGUCGGAUUGUUGCUGAGCUGUAUAUGCCCGUGCUGUUUGUGCGUGACCGUGAUUGUGGAGAUGGCUUUGGAGUUGGUCAAAGCCCCAAUUCAUGUUAUGGGGUGGUUUACUUCUCAGAUUCCUUGUUAAUUUCAUUCUUGAAAUAAAAUAAUAUAUUAGUUCUUAAUUUUUUUUUAGUGCUCUGCUGUGUUUGCUUUAGGCCUAGUUUUUUUUUUGUAAGCUGGAAGCAGGAUGGAUGUGCCACGUGUUUCCAGCUCUCGUCUUGUGCAUAAACUCACUGGAUUUGAGUUGAAUUUGAUUCCUUCUAAUGGAAGCAAGGUAGUAUUGUGAUCAGUGAUGUUA